AAAAUGGACGAACUGCUUGCCUUCCGAUAGCCGUAAUACGACCUGAAUUUUGUAUGGAAAUAAAAAAUUAAUAUAAAAGCAAAUAAAAUCAGCAAGUUAGAUCGAAAAACAGGAAAUAUAAAUGUGAUAUUUAUAUUAUUAACAUAGAAAAAGGCUAACUUUACACGACUACCUCCAAGAAACAUCCUUGAAGUAAUCUGCGCCAUCUUGGAUAAUGACCGAAUAGCAUUAUGGAACUUUUUAACCCGCAAAGCAUUCUGGGGAUAGUAAGGACAGUGCAUGACGGGACAGCAUACCAAAAACAACCAGAAACUUUAAAAAAAUGGCGGCGAAUAUUGGACGAGGUUUGCGAUCGGCAGUUACUUCCGUAACAGAGACUGUUUUCCCGAUGUCUCGAUCUAUAAGAGAAUAUCCAAGACACCAUCUUAUAAAUGCUGGAAAUGAACUUGUGUCAAACCUGCCGCUUCAGAUGGCCCUUUACUUCAACGUUUACUUUUCUCCCUUCUGGUUUCUAACUGCUAUAGUUAUGCUCUCAGCUAAAUAUCAAAGUCUAGACUUUUAUUACAAAUUUGUCUUAAUCGCCGUUUACUCUGUUAUGGCUAUUGUGGAAUCAACAAGACUUUAUCUGGGAUACAUCGGAAACCUUCAAGAAAAGGUUCCAGAGCUUGCAGGAUUUUGGCUUCUGACUUUGGUCUUGCAGUUGCCCCUUUCAUUUCUUUUGUUGUUCAAUGAAAGCAUGUUGAUUAUGCCCACAGAGAGAGCUAUGAACAUUUUGUUGGUUUUGUUUGUUGUGUUUGAAACAAUUCAAGGAUACCGGGCAAUCAAACGGAUGACAGAAUAUCAGGUUAACAAGUUUCACCUCCAUCAAUUUGAUGAGAUGUCAGAAAUACAAGAUGCACAAGAAAGAGGUCCAGAGGAAAUAGGUUACAGAUCGUGAGGCAGUUUUAAUAUUAUGUCAAGAAUAGAUGGAGUUACUCUGAGUAAGGUUCACUGUAUAUAUGUAUAUAUAGAUAUAUUUUAUUUAUUGCUGUUGAUAGUAAAAAGGAUAAUUUUAUAAACUGUAUAAAAAGGGAAUGUGAAACAAAUGCAUGUGUUUCUGUCCUCUGAUAUAAUCUCAUAGUUACAUGUACAAAAACAAGCACAAGAGAACCUUACAAACAUGAACAUAUAAUCUAGACGCAACUAUAAAUAACAAUUAAACAUAUAAUUAUUUAUAGAAUGUUCAUAUAUUUUGUCUAUAUUGAAAAGGAAGCGACCUGAUCUGUUAGAUGUAGUUCAGAUCAUAUGAACUGCAGUGCAAAUCUGCAAAGCCUAACCCAAAAGUAGGUAAUAUAUAUUUACAUUGACAGUGGCUAUACUUUAAUGCAAUUAACUGUAACCUCACCAAAUGCUAAAACAGAUAUAGCACACCUAGGUGAAGAGAGACAAAAGUGUCCUACUUCAAUUUGAUCGCCCUGCCUAGUCUUCUUACAUGCGAUAAACUUCUUGACUACAUAUUGUUAUGCAAUGUUUAAUGUCAAUAUGAAAAUGAACUAGUGUGAGCUGCGUCGGAGUUUUGUAAAAAGAUAAAUAUAACACCGUAAAAAAGUAGCUGAAAUAACUUACUGACAUUUCAGAUGUCAGUCUUUUGCCUGGCUAAGGAUUAACAUCCAAAAACGUCAGUAAGUUUACCUAUUUUUUAUGGUGCUAAAUGUAUCUUUUUAUACAAAAUGUAAUCACCAUAGCCCUAACAAUUUGUAUUUACAGUGAGAUGAGUUUUAUGCUGUAUUUCCAAAAGGCUAAAACCUUAAAAUCUUUGGCUUUUUAGGAAGAAAGGGUUAAUUUUUAAGGCUGCUGUCAUAGAGACAUUUGGUUUACUUGUAUUUGAUCUUAGAUAAGAAUCUGUCCAAUAAAACAGCAGUAAUCCAUUUGAA